AUGAUGCGACCUAUUUUGGGAGAUAUAACCAAUAUUACCUUGGGCCAAGAUUUGGCAAUUAGUAAUCGUGCGAUAAUCCCAAAAUGCUUUAGUUUUAUUGAAUCAAACGCGUCGCAAAUAAAAUCUGAAUUAAAGCUGGAACAAAACUUUUACAAUAGCGUCCAACUCUUGCGCUUACAGAGAACAAAAAAUAUUUUGGACUUGGCAAGUAGUUGGGAUGAUCUUGAUCAAUAUGAUGACGAUGACCCAAUGAUGUGUUGCGAAUAUGUUACAGAUAUUUUUGAGUAUCUGUACGAUCUUGAGACAAAAAAUCUACCACGCAACUAUAAUAAAUAUAACUCAACCGGUGUUUUGAAUAACAACAGAGAUGUUCUAAUAAAUUGGAUAGUCAGAAUACACCAAAAAUUUCAGCUUUUGGAAGAGACUCUCUACUUGUGUAUAAAUAUUAUAGAUCGGUUUGAAUUUCAUUGUGGUGUGAGAGUCGAUGAAUUACAAUUGCUAGGAAUCUGUGCUCUCCUCAUUGCCUGCAAAAUUGAAGAAGUAUUUUACCCAAGUAUACAGAACUUCUCCCUUGAAACGGAUGGUGUCUGUUCAGAGGAGGCUAUCAAAAAAUACGAACACGUCAUCAUGAGUGGACUGGAUUACAAUUUCAUGUACGCCAACCCUCUGAACUUUUUAAGAAGGAUUUCAAAGGCGGACGGUUACGAUAACUACACAAGAACUAUUGCAAAGUACCUCUUGGAAAUCACUGCUAUAGACUCGGCCUUUAUCGGUAACCUUCCUUCUUUGAAUGCUGCUACUGCAUUAUUUUUUUCUAGAAAAAUGUUGAAGAAGGGGCCUUGGACAAAAAACCUUAUCUUUUAUUCCGGCGGGUAUACAAGUAAAGAACUUAUACCAGUAUGUGAAAAGAUUAUGGUGUUUUUAUUGAAACCGAUUGUUCAUGAGGACUUUCAUCGGAAAUAUCAGUCGCGCACAUACUACAAAGCCUCAAUCAUAUGUAGUGAGUGGGCUGAGAAAAUGGUUAAAAGAAGGAGUAAGAUGUCAUUUGAAUAA